UUCUGAAAGUGGAUCACAGAGAACGCUGAGAAUGGAUGCUGGACUACUGUGUUCACACAACUUUUCGCUUCUUCCAUCACCCUACUUUACAGAACUCAGCCUUUACGAACUUGAAGACCUUCUCUAAAUCCCCCCUCCUCUUUUCUCCUUCACCGGCGCGUCAGGCGAGAGCAGGAUGAAAGUGAACAAUGUCAGUGCCUCUGAAACACGCAGAGCUAUUUUGGUGGAGAACCGCCUGGGACGUUUCUGACUUUUUUGGGAGCUAGGGCGAAUCAUGAAGCGAAGAAAACAGUUUGGCACCGCAGAGGAAAUCCCAGCGUGCUGAAAUGAGGACAAAAAAACCGCGGUGACCCCUUGUCGCGUGCCAUGGAGCGCAUCGGUCACUUCAAACCAACUCAAGCAAGUCAUGUCCAGGCAGCGAUGAACGCCUCGACCAACGGCACCAACGUCACGCACUCGAGCAAAGUGGACGAAAAAGAGCUGAGCCUCGCGUUCCAGGUCACUCUAGCCUCCGUGCUCGCCCUCAUCACGCUCGCCACGGCAUUGUCCAACGCGUUUGUCAUCGCCACCAUCUCGCGCUCGAGGAAGCUCCACACGCCGGCCAACUUCUUGAUCGCCUCGCUCGCGGUCACCGACCUGCUCGUGUCCGUGCUGGUGAUGCCCAUCAGCGCGCUCUACACGGUGAGCCACACGUGGUCGCUGGGCCAGGUGGCGUGCGACGUUUGGCUGUCGUCGGACAUCACCUGUUGCACCGCGUCCAUCCUGCACCUGUGCGUCAUCGCGCUGGACCGCUACUGGGCCAUCACGGACGCGGUGGGCUACGCCAAGCGGCGCACGGUCACGCGCGCGGCCGGUAUGGUGGCCACGGCCUGGGUCAUCGCCGUGUCAAUCUCGGUGCCCCCGUUCUUUUGGCGCCAGGUGAAGGCGGGCGAGGUGACCAGCUGCGCCGUGAACUCGGACCACGUCUUCUACACCAUCUACUCCACGUUCGGCGCCUUCUACCUGCCCACGCUGCUGCUCGUCGCGCUCUACGGCAGGAUCUACGUGGAGGCGCGGAGGCGCAUCCUCAAGCAGUCGCCCAAGAAGACGGGUAAAAGGCUGACGGCGGCGCGCCUCGCGCCCAGCUCGCCGGGCUCCGCGUCCUCCACGGCUCCUCUGCAGUGCGCCUCGGACCCUGACUGCCACGUGCAGAUCACCGUGACCGACUCGCUGCUGGAGAAGAAGCGGAUCUCCGCCGCGCGUGAGAGAAAAGCGACCAAAACUCUGGGCAUCAUUUUAGGGGCCUACAUCGUCUGCUGGCUGCCCUUUUUCAUUUACACGCUCUUGGGGCCCCUGUGCCCGUCCUGCCCCUUGCACCCAGAGCUCUUUGACUUUUUCACAUGGCUUGGCUACCUCAACUCACUCAUCAACCCCAUCAUAUACACGAUGGCAAACGACGACUUCAAAAAGGCUUUCCAAAAACUCGUGAGCUUUAAAUGUUGCACGUCCUGAAAGCAAGAGGAAACGUUUUGAGAACUAGGAUUAAAGCAGCGUCUAAAUGGUGCAAGAAAAAAAGUGCUGCGUGAUCUGCAACUUGGGUGAUGUUGAGUGUCCUCCUGUGUAACGGUAGCCUACAAAACAUGGUUGCAAUGUUGUGUCAGUGUUGCAUUGUCGUUCUUUUGCAUUCAAUAAAAUGUCAAAUUGCUGUUAUGUUACUGCUGAGCAAACUGGAGAAUACCGACAAGAAAUAAAUCACUGAGUGCUGAA